AUGACGAAUGCAACAGAAAAUUGUUUAUUAAAUACCGGUUUGUUGGUUCUCUACAUUAUUUAUCUCCAAUCUGUCAUAGCUGAAAGUAAAAUCGAAAGCGCAAGCGACCUGGAACGAGAAUUUGCAGACAAGCCGACACGAUCUUUUCGUUGCUGUGCAAGACAUGAAAAAAAAAUUGGAGUUGGCUAUGGCAAGUAUAAAAUUUUUUGUGUAUCUGGUGAAGUAAUAUCUAUUGACUCAGGACACUGUCGGAGAGUUUGUCCUCGUCACGCUUCGGACGACCCUGGAGAUGUCAGCAAGCCGGCUGUACAGCGGUGUCCACCCCGUUCGCAAUGCCACCCAAGGUCUUCGCGUAUGGAAAGGAUUUCAACGCUUCAAGGUGUUAAAAUAGUUGAAGUUGUCGAUAGCUGCGAUUGCUGGCAUGAAUCACCAUGCAGUAGAACAUCUUUUGAACAACUCGUUCAUGCGGGAACACCUUAUCAAGUUGCUGUGGACGUUGGCCUUUGUUUGGGAACAUGUUCGAAAGCGUUAGGUUGUAGACCUUUCAAGAAUGGUACGGUCAGCAUAAAAGGACCGAAUGGGGAUGAAAUUUAUCAAGUGAUUCAAGAGUGUGGAUGUGCUAAUAGUUGUCAUCGAAUGGAGCGGAUCGAAAGCAUUCUCGACUACAGCCAACUUGAAAUCAAACGAGGAUCGAAUACGAGCGAUGUUAAACCACUCAUCAGGCACAUAAAUGUUGGACACUGUGAUGGAUCGUGUCCAGGAAAUCAUACCGAAAAAACUUGUUUAUUACGUGAUAAAAAAAACCCCGCAAGAUGUUUAGCUGGAUUAUAUUCUAAGCAAUAUAAAUGCACACCGGUUAGAUUUAAAGUACACGAAUAUAGAACACGAAGAGGCUCAAAGAGGGAAAUUAUUGAAAUAACUUCUUGUGCCUGUGUAUGA